AGCGGCGCGUCAAGAGCAGAAGAGAGAGAAGAAAAAAAACGAGCAGCAGAGGGUGAGGUCUGCCCGGCUCAGUCAACAAAGACAGAGGAAAGAAGCUCUGCCAGGCUUUUUCUGUCAUGUAGUGAGGAGCCCUGCGGUCUGCAAGGACGCGUCUGGUCGUUGUUUUUGUUGUUUCGGUGAAAGAGCCUGAAAACAGAAUCGUCGGAUCCACCGGAAUGGAGACCUGCCGUUGACGGAGAUUCCCGAGCUCCCCUGAUAACAACAGGUCUUUUCCACUGAGUCCAUCUUCCCCUCAAAAGUCUUUAAGCAACCGACAAAGAGCUGGAGCCGAGACGAUCAAGCAUGGAUGUGCCCAGGAUGGCUGAGGGCCUCUUCAGCAGCACGCUGUCCUCGUCGGGUGGUGGCCAUCAUGUGCCUUCCUACCUGACGCUUGAGCAGAAAGCUGCCUUUGUCUUUGUGCUGCUGCUCUUCAUCUUCCUGGCCCUGCUCAUUGUGCGCUGUUUCCGCAUCCUACUAGACCCCUACCGCAGUAUGCCCUCAUCCAACUGGACAGACCAUACUGAAAAAGACACAUUUGAUUACCGCAUUGUGUGA